AUGGUUGAGCUGUUACAGCAAAAGCCUGAAAUGGCGCAGGGUUUUACAAAGUGCCCUAAAGAGGAAGUGGCAGCUUUUUGGAACAACAUGGCCCAAGAACUAAAUAGUGUUGGCAGGCACCAUUUCAACGAAUUGGAGGAAGCGGUGAUAGCACUAACGGCAUUGCAAACAAGUGCAAGUGGCAUUGACAAUACAGUUAGCAUCGGCUUACCAAUUGUAGCCGACGUGGGCAACGAGACGUUAGCUGACGUAUCAAUGCCAUCAGUGACCUGCAGUCCAGCACUACCUAAACGUACUACUAGGCCACCGGAAACCUGUACAGCCGAUGUAAUUAAAGAACAAUUUCAAAUUCAAAAAGAUUUUCAGGAAAAGGUCAUCGAAAAGUUGGAUGAUCUUUCAGUACGUAUGCGACGAGUGGGCAGAGCAUUGGAAGUGCAAAAUGAUUUAAAAAAUGCGGAAGUGGAAGAGAUUAGAAGGCACAACAUAGCUAUGGAGAAUUUGAUAGCUGCUAAGAAUUCGAUUAAGCAGCGAAUGUUAGAAAUAGAAGAAAAAAAAUUCUUCUUUCGUUACGCCGAUGCAAUGUACGAUUAA